AUGCCAAAUGUGCUUUCUGAUGAUGAAGAACUCCUUAAUGGGCUGGGAAGUGAGAUCAUGAAGCCUUUUAAACAAGGUAAUUACAUGGCGAGAACCGGUAAAAGAUGGGUAAAUAAUGAGCAUAACACCACAUCAGAAAUUAUGAAUGUUAACAUUGAUGGAGUUCAUGGACCGGUGAACACUGAAAGUUAUAUAUCCCCAGGGCAACUUUAUUCCACUGAUUCAGGCAAUUUAUUUCACGCUGGAAGAAUUCUCGUCGUUCUAGUAGGUCUUCCAGCAACAUCAAAGACAUUGUUAUCAGUAGCGAUUACAAGAUAUACGAGGUGGUUAGGAGUCAGGACGAAGUCAUUUCAUUUUUCAGAAUAUAAAGAACUUGCUAAGGAUGUACCUUCGGAUUAUUUCUGCGUGGUACCACAGUCAAGAGAGGGAGUAGCGUUUGUUGAAAAGCUUCGCAGGCAGAUGUUGAGUGAUAUAUUGUCAUUCUUUAAUGAUAUGUCUGGACAGUUGGCUAUUUAUGAUGCAUUAAGUAUCCGUAAGAUUGACAGAAAAAAUUUGGAAGAAACUUUUUCUGAAAUUGGUGUUAAAGUACUUUUCAUUGAAUCAAUUGUGUCUGAUCAGGAAAUCAUGAACAGAAAUAUAGCUCUCGUGCUAGAAUCCAGUGAUUACAAAGGAUUUUCGACUGAUGAAGCCAUUGACGAAUAUAUGAGACGUUUGUCUGUCAAUGAACCAUAUUAUGAAAUGAUGACGCACGAAGAAGAGUUAUCAUACAUUAAAUACAUAAAUCUGGGAAAGCAAAUAAUCGUGAAAGAUAACAUACACGGUUAUUUAGUAAACAAAAUUGUAUUCUUCUUAAUGAACUUGAGGCAGAAAAAAGGGUGUGUGUAUUUUGCUCGUUGUGGUACUAGUGAUAAAGAUAAAUACAUGCAUGAUGAAGAAUUAAAUGAAGAAGGAAUUCAUUAUUCCAAAGUGCUCAAGGAGUUCCUUCUAAAUAGGAUUAAAGAGAAGAGACUUGCAAAAAAGAAUUCAGACUCUUUAGUCGAGGUAAUCGAUGGAAGCUAUGAUGAAGAUUUAAAGACGUCCUUGAUAGUUUGGACUGGCCCAAGGAAAAGAACCCACGAUACUGCGUUUUAUUUUUCAAAAGAAGGUAUCAAGGUUCAACAACGGUCAGAAUUGAGACAAUUGAACCCGGGAAGCAUUGCUGACCUUACUGAUGAACAAAUAAUGAACAAGUUUCCAUCAGAAUACAGAGAAUCGUUAAAAGACCCAUACCAUUUUAGAUUCCCCAGAGCGGAAUCUUACCAUGAUCUGGCCGUUCGUAUGGAACCGUUAUUAUUAGAAAUGGAACAUACGAGCAAGGACAUUCUCAUCAUUGCUCAUGAAUCAACACUAAGAGUUUUAUAUGGCUAUCUAAUGGCUUGCACCUGUGUAGAAUUACCAAAUUUGGAUUUCACUAGAGAUAAAUUAGUUGAAAUUUCCUUCAGCCCUUUUUGCAACACGGUAGAAUUAUUAGACAUUCCUUUAACUAGUUAA